GAACAAUUGUUGUUGUUGUUGUUUUAUUUCGUUUAAAAUAUAACAAUCAGCGAUGUUUCCUUGAGAGUCAUCCUCCAACCAACCAACCAUGAAUGAGAAAGAGGACAAGUGAGAAUUCAAAAGUCUGGCCCCGAGAUUGAUUCUGUUUUUGUUCCACUGAAUCCCAAAUGUUCAAAUGCACCAUUUCAUAAUUUUCACAGCUUGAUAGUUAGUUCAUAUUUGUUAUACCUCUCGAGAACUUAAAUGGCUUCCUCUCAUAUUCUCUGCCACAACAAUGUUUUCAAUCUUUCUCCCAAUCCCUUUAGGAACAGGGAUCUCUCUUCCUUAUACUCAAAUGGGUUGUGUUCUUUUGGUUCGAAGUCUAAAUUUUCGAGGACUUCAUCUCUCAAAUUUGUGGUUUCUGAAAAAAGACAAGUCGAGAUAGUUUAUGAUGCUGAUGAAAGGAUAAACAAGUUGGCUGAUAAAGUGGACAAAGAAGCGCCACUCUCAAGGCUCACUCUUUUCUCACCUUGCAAGAUUAAUGUUUUCUUGAGAAUAACUAGCAAAAGGGAAGAUGGGUAUCAUGAUUUGGCAUCUCUCUUUCAUGUGAUAAGCCUUGGAGAUGUACUUAAGUUCUCUUUGUCUCCUUCAACAAAGAAAGACUCUUUGUCAACUAAUGCCUCUGGGGUACCUCUUGAUGAUAGAAAUUUGAUUAUCAAGGCCCUUAAUCUUUACCGAAAGAAAACUGGUACAAACAAAUACUUUUGGAUUCAUCUUGACAAGAAAGUGCCCACUGGAGCAGGGCUUGGUGGUGGGAGUAGUAAUGCUGCAACAGCACUAUGGGCAGCAAAUCAGUUCAACGGUUGUCUUGUUACUGAAAAGGAACUGCAAAAAUGGUCAAGUGAGAUUGGUUCAGAUAUUCCCUUCUUUUUCUCCCAAGGGGCAGCCUAUUGUACAGGUCGAGGUGAGGUUGUUCAGGAUAUUCUACCACCUGUACCAUUAAACAUUCCGAUGGUUCUCAUAAAGCCCCCAGAGGCAUGUUCAACAGCUGAAGUUUAUAAGUGUCUUAAGUUGGAUAAAACUAGCAAGAGCGACCCUUUACAAUUGCUCAACAAGAUCUCAAGUGAUGGAAUAAGUCAAGAUGUUUGCAUAAAUGAUUUAGAACCUCCUGCCUUUGAAGUUCUUCCAUCUCUUAAAAGAUUGAAACAGCGCAUAAUUGCAGCUAGUCGUGGACAAUAUGAUGCUGUUUUUAUGUCUGGGAGGUAUAACUACUGGAUUUCCUGUUCUGGUGGCUUUACGUUGCUCUGGAAGCACCAUUGUUGGGGUUGGUUCCCCAGAUCCACCACAGUUUAUAUAUGAUGAUGAGGACUACAAGGAUGUGUUUUUGUCAGAGGCCAACUUCCUGACUCGAGAAGCAAAUGAAUGGUACAAAGAACCUGCUUCAGCAAGUGCUUGUAGCCCUUUGGACGAUUUCUCUCGUGAUUUUUUAUCUGGCGAGUAAUUAUAGUACAUCCUUUCUUUGGAAAAAUGCUAAAUUGUAUCAUUCAUUAAGUACGCUAUGUAAUAGAAUAAAUAAAUAAAAUAAAAUAUAGAAUCUGAAAAAUCUAAUUUAUUGUUUUA